GUUAACCCUGAUUGCUUAAUAGCUGCGGGUUAUUUGUGAUCUGAUUGCUGUUUUGACCAUGCAUAAGCCUCAUGGUGGUGGAAAAAAAACACUACUCUUGUGCUUCUAAACUGUAUCUGAGUGACUACGUAGGAGGUCUUACACAUGAAGACCUUGAACCAUGCCAAGGAGUAGAAGCUGAUAGCAUGGCUGGGACCCAGAGAGGUUUAAUCCUGAGCUUAGUAAAGUUGAAGUAUCCGCAGUAGAGGUCAGCACUCCAGAAGAAAUGUUUGUGGAGAAUGGGACAGAUGCAAAGCUUCCAUGCACAUUUACAUCUGUGGAAGUGAUCAGCAGCGCCGCAUCUGUUUCUUGGAGUUUUCAACCAGAGGGAGCAGCAACUCGUAUCUCAUUUUUCUAUUACUUUAAUGGAAGGUCGUAUCCUGGAAAGGACUUACCAUUUAAAGACAGGAUCACUUGGACUGGAGACCUUAACAAGAAAGAUGCUUCUAUCAGUAUAUCAAACAUGCAGUUCCGGGACAACGGCACUUACAUUUGUGAUGUCAAGAAUCCACCUGAUAUUGUUGUCAAACCAGGAGAAAUCCGAGUGAGAGUUGUGGAGAAAGACAGCCUGCCUGCGUUCCCCAUUGCCAUGGUGGCAGGGAUAGUCAUCGGUACGGUUACAGGUCUCACACCGCUCAUCUCUAUUGUCGUGUGUCUUGUCAUCAGAAAGAACAACUCUAAAAAACGUUACUCUGGCAGUGAACUUGCCAGUGCAUUGACUAGAGCACAGGAAAUUCAGAGUUCUUUCCAUGACAGAAGGAAAACACGCUCUCUCUGCGGUACAUCUGAGAGCUUGAUGUCACCGGUUAAGCAGGCUCCGCAGAAGUCACCCUCCGACACAGAGGGUCUGGUAAACAGCGUACCCGCCAGAUCACACCAGGGCCCAGUCAUUUACGCGCAGCUAGAUCACUCCGGAGGACAGCACAGCGACAAGAUUAACAAGUCAGAGUCUGUGGUCUAUGCUGAUAUUCGGAAGAACUGAAAUGAGAUCCUAACCUAUCCAAUGCAAAACACGCAUUCAGACUGGAAUUGCUUAAACAAAAUUUGACCCAGAGAACUCACAUGUGGCCUUUGAUGCCUAGGCUAGGACCAAUGCAUGUGCAUACAGAGGGAAAGAUAUAUAUGAAUUGUGUGUAAAUAGUCUAUUUAAUCGUACAGAAGUGAGACCAAUGUUGCAUGUUGAAAUGCGGUAAGAAUUCUGCUUAUAAAUUGCCAAUAUUCUUUUUGUAUCUUGUAUGACGAGAGAGAAAGUGGAAAUUCACAUCACAGUUUUUAAAUAUUUUUAUCUUGAUUAUUAACGGAGAAACUGGAAGAUAACUAAGAUUUUAGGUUGACCUCAAGAUUUUUUUUUUUUUUUUGUUCAUGGGGCCUAUUUUUUGUUGUUGUUGUUGUUGAGGUGAAUAUAAAGGUAACUUUCACAGGGUAUUCAUGUUUCCUUGGUCAGAUUCUCAGUACAAGCUGCCUUCUUGCAUGAGGUAGACAUUCUCACUUGGUUUUGUAAGCCACAUUGUGACUCCUUGUUAUCAGAAACGGUUAUCUUACCACUGCAAGUGAAGGAAAUGUUUAGGCCUACCUGACCUGUGUAACACAGGUCGCAGAAUUGUUUACUUCUGUAUCGAGCCCAUAUAUUCAAGCCCAGUCCUUUAAGGUACAGGGAUGGUGCUGACCUAAUGACUUUUGUGAAAUUGUAGUUUACCUGUGAAAACUGAAGAGCUAGUGAGCUAGAAGGAUAAGAAACAGUAACUCUAGGUGGUUGAAAAGUUCACUGAAAGUCUGAGGCAAUGAAAUGUUUCUUCCUCAUAGCUGUGUCACUUCAUAUAAGCACAACAAAAUGGGCUCCAAGGGCUCUGGAAGUUGUAGUAUUCCCUCAUCUCCCCCUUGUCACUCCAUUAUACCUUUGUCACUUCCUAAGAGAUGCUUUAUCAGUUCUCAAAAGCCUCUAAAUGGAGGCUGAAUGACCUCUGGAAGAAAUUUAGAGCUUC